UAUUACAUGUGCCAAAAAUCGUUUGAUUAUACAAGCCAGUUUUUAUUAUUAUUAAUAUUUUGUUCGUAUUUGCCGAAACAUUUGAAUAUUGAUAGAAGCAAUUAGCGGCGCCGGACCAGCGCAGGGGAGGCCCCCCGUGGUGAUUGAAAAGUGAGAGUUGAUCGCCAAACGGCGGAGAUAGACCGAACAGUUGUUCGCCAAGCAGCCUAGCCAGCGGACGUGUUCCUCCCGGAGAAUCAAAUCUAAUCGAAGAACCCAACAUGAAUCGCUCGCUUCUGGUGCUGGUCCUGGCCCUCGUCUGCCUGGGAGCCGCCUCGGCAUUUCCCCAACUGAGGCAGCGCAACGAGAAGCAGGUCCAGACGGCGGAGGAUGAGUUGCCCUCGAAGGGAGCCACCAUUGAGGAAGUGGUCGUGGAAUCCGCUUUGUACAUAAAGCCAAAGGCCAACCCACAGGUAAGGCGAGUGCGUUCUGCAGAGGAUCAGGGACUGGGCAUCUACAGCACUCACAAGCGAGUGAAGCGCCAGUUUGGCAAUCCUGGGUUUGGUGGAGAAUAUGCUGGAAAUCCUGGAUUCGGAGGCGGAUUUGGAAAUCCCGGUUUUGGUGGUGGAUUCGGUGGUAAUCAAGGAUUCGGAGGUGGUUUCGGUGGUAAUCAGGGAUUCGGAGGCAGCCACCGUGGCAACCAAGGUGGUAACGUCGAGGCUGGCACUUCAGCAGGAGCCGGAGGCAUUAAGGCAGGCGUCGAUGUGGGUGCCGGACCCGAUGGCGGUAAUGCCAAUGCUAAUGUCCAGCUGGGCCCGCUAGGACCCCUCGGACCCAAUGGCUAUAACCAAGAGCAGGCCGCCUCAAACGGGGCUGCUAACAGCAACUACAACAACGGCCCGAACUCCGGAUCAUCGGCAGCCAUCGGCCAGGCCCAGGGCUUCCAGUCGCAGAGCGCCAACGGUUCCUUCGGAGCCUCCUCGGCUAGCACAGCUACUCAGUCGCAGAACUUUGGACCCAAUGGCCCCAGCAACGCUGCCGGAGCCUCCCUCAGCCAGGUCUACCACCUGCCCAACGGCCAGACCAUCAACUUUAGCUCCGGAAACAGUUUCGCCAACGGAGGUGCCAACAGGGGCAGCAGCCACGGGUCGGCGGUUUCGGUGAGCCGCUAGAGCCUCCUAUCCACAUGGAGAAUAUGAAUACCUCCAUAAUCAGUCGCAAUAUAUAUAAAUAUGCUAAUAAAUAUUUAUGAUCAGAAUGGAA